AUGCUCGUCAUCGACGGCUUGUCGCCCAAUCUCAGCGCGACAGACUUUUACCGCAUAGCGCCAAACGACUUCUCCAACUGGCGAAAUGCUAUCCGCAAAGUUCAGCAGCAACGCAAGCCAGACACUCUCGAACCUCUCGGCCGCUACUGCGUCACAUUCAGCACUGCCGAAGCCGCCGUCUCAUACCGUGACAGGCUGGUUCGCCUACACAAGCUCAACAGUAUCAAGCUUGGGACUGCAAGUGGCCUGUGGGAAAACAGCGUUCCAAACUCUCUAAAAAUAUCCCUCGCAUCUCCAUCGGCAGCCUCAGCAGCAGCAGUGGCCGCCGGCGCCGUCGACGACACAAGUGAUACUGCCCCGCCCGACACGCCCGGCACAGAAAGCCUUGCCGAAAUCGCCGACUCCUUUACCAUUGCGCCGGGAUCACAAGCUGUCAUUCCCAUAAAACGCACAAGAGUUGUUCUCACACGGCCAUGGGCGGACCGCCUGGCUGACUUGGUUGCCAACCUCGGCUUCGGGGAGCGGCCCCCUGUGCUGAUGGUCGAUGUCUACCCGCCUACCUUGACUGCGGAAGAGCUGUCUCGGUUCAUCAGUCGAGAUGGAUACAACCGAGCCCUUCGGUGGAAGGUCUCCACGCCUCAGCAUCUCCAGAAGAGCCACCUAGAGCCGGCAUUACCGAAGAUGAAUGCUAGAGGGGGAAGUAAGAAUGGCGACAUGGGCAAGCAAAGGGGUUCGCCCUUUCCAAUCAAGGAUCGUGAAGCGUGGGAAACAAUGAGGGGCCGAUUUGUGCUCGCGUGUGCGGACGAAGAAGAGGCGCGGCGGUUUCAGCAGAGCUGGAAUCAGCGAGCGCUCACGACACUGCGGCCAGAGCCGGCAAGGUAUAUGGUUCGUACUUCAAUAAUAAACUGGUAG